ACGUUUACAAUUGAUAAACAUAUGAAAACACCACGUAAUCUUGUAUCCACUCUGUGCCACGUCGCAUAAGGUUUUAAGCGAAUACUACAGAUUGAAUUGUGCCUUCUUGUCAAUUUUUCGAAAAUUACUUAAAUAAAUUGGAAAUCAAAAAAUUAAAGCUGUAAUAUCGGAAUUAAUUACCAACGUUUAUUAGUAAAUUUUUCAUUUGAGAAACUAUUAUAAAUAAUCAAUCAUGUUAAGAACUACAAUCAUUUUCUUACUAAUUUCACUACAACAUAGUAAAAGUUGUACAUUAACUGAAACUGAAGUAACAGAAAUAAAACAGUCUUUCAGUAAAGCUGAAGAGUAUAUGCAAAAGGAAGCAUUGAAUGAAGAUGCAGCAAUUGUUAUAGGACCAGGAAGAGUAGGAAAAAGUACAUUAAUUAAUUACUUAAUAGGCAAUAAAUUAAGGGGCGUAAGAUUCUCGCAAUUUGGUGAAUUUAAAAUAAUUAAGGCAGACAAUGAAUCCAGGGGACCGGAGAUUGGUGCUGGACCAACUUCAAAAACUACAAUUCCCAUAAAAUGGAAAUCAGCUAAAUUGCCUGGUUUGAGCAUCUUUGAUUGUCCAGGAUUUCAAGAUAAUAGAGGGACAGUACAAGACAUUACUAAUUCUAUUUAUAUCUAUCAGUUGGUAAAGAAAGUUAAAACUUUAAAAUUUAUAUUAGUUUUUAACUUUGCCGACGUAGAACGUGACAAUACUGCAUCACUUUCAAGAUUUUUACUUGAUUUGGAAAAAUUUUUUGGAAAUAAGUUUACUGACUUUUUUCCAAGCAUGUCAAUAAUUUUUUCAAAAACACCGUACAGAUCGUUUCAAAACAGAGUUAACAUUAAAAUGAUAAAAUACAAAUUAAAACAAAAAUUAUUCUCAACCAAUGUAAAAUUGUCCAGUGAUGCAAAAAAAUUCGUAGAUUAUAUAAUAAAUAAUAAUAAUAGUAUUGCAUUAUUCUGGAAAGCAAAAAAUGACAAAAAUUUUAGUUCUGACACGGAUUUUCAGAUGUUUUCGGCUAUUACCAACUCGAGCAGUAUAGAGAGAAUAUUUCUUGAUAGUAUUCGUCCAAGUAUUUCAGAUAGUUCUUUGAUUUGUCUGCAAAGUUCCAAGGACAAAUUUGUUUCAAUAAAUGAAAUUUGGGAAAUAGAGGAAUCUUUAUUGCUUAUAUUUACAGAAAAGUUGUCAACCUGGUCUUAUGAUGCGUAUUAUUCAAAUAAAAAUACAAUGAUGGUUCACAUUCGAAACCACUUUACUGAAAUUAAAGUUUUACUGGAUGAUUCUAUUAUAAAUGGAAGUGAUAUAUACAAAAAUAUUGAAAUUAUAAAAAAAAUUGAUAAACAACUAGAAGAAAAGAUUAAUGAUAGUAAUUUGCUAAAAAAAGUUGAAAUGUAUAACUUUAUUUCUUAUUUAUUACAGUUGGAAGAAAGUAAAAUAUUGCAUCAAUCUGUUGAAGCUACAAUGCUGACUUUACAAGCUUUACUUAAUGCAAAGAUUUCUAGAAAUCCAUGGUUAAUAGGCAAUGUAACAGAAGACGAACAGGUGAAUAAUAAUGGAGAAGAACAAGAAACUGGGUUCAUUUUCAAUUUAUGGAAUAAGGUCAAAAAAGAAAUUCUUUCAAGUAUGCUCUUUUGAUCCAAUAAUGUAACACACAAUGAAGAAAUUGUCAAUUAAUGAAGUAUCGCUUUUGUUAGAGAAUAUCAUUAUUGUCUCUAUGAUACUGAGAUCAGUUCGAUUGCAAAGUAUUUUAUAAAUUUAACUCUAAUUUUUAUGUUCUCUAAUAAUUAGUCAGAAAUGGGGUGCUGUCGAGUUAAAUUGUUAGAUCAAGAAAAUCAAUACAAAUAAACAAUCAUUGAUUAGACUUUGCAAUUCAUUGAUUUCGUUGGUGCAACAUCUGCGUUCUCAGAUGAAGGCCAAGGGCAUAUGAAGGUUUUCAAAAAAUUGUUAUUUUUCUUUUCAUAUACUUUUAAAUUGUAAAUUUUUAAUAACCGGUGAUAUUUUAUUUUUCCUUAUAUGCUAGGCUGUUUAUAUCCUAUUGAAAAUUACCACAUGGGAUCCUACCUAAGAUUCUACGUAGGUUCUUAUACAAAAACCCAUAUUUCUUAUCCCUUAUUGAACACUUUUUUGGCAAUAUUAACUAAAGUUAGGAUUACAUUUUAAGAUAAAUUAAAAUUUUAAAAAACUUACUUGAUGGGGUUUUUUUGUAAUAAAUUAAUAUUUAGUUGUUUUUCUUUUCCUUUCUGUUUUUAGUGCUUUUGGAGAUGCAUCUUUUAACCUCUUAUUUGCUUGAAACUCGUUACCCAUGGACAUCCUAUUGGAUGUCCUUCUUCGAAGUACAUAUAUAUAGUUUUGUCUUAUUUCAAAAAAAUUUAAUUAAAUUUAUUCUGAAAUGUGAGGAAUACACUCG